AGAGGCGGCGGGUUGUUGACGCGUUGCCUAGUGACGGUAGCGAGGCCGGGGACGCGUGCUAGCGCCGGUGAUAGCCGGUGGCCGGUGACGGCCACCGCCCGAUCCCGGUGCGGGAGCCCCGGCAGGGAGUCUGUGUUUUCCAUCUUGCCGUGGUGGAGGCAGGUGGGGAAAUGGUAGAGAAGAAAGAGGGCUCGGGCCCCUCAAAGCCCGCAGGUGACAGGAGCCCUCAGCUGCAGAAGCCCCUGGGGCAUGUGAAGAAAAACAAGCAGCAGGUCUCCGAGGGAUUCACGAUUAAAGCCAUGAUGAAAAACACCGUGGUAAGAGGGCCCCCAUCUGCAGGAGCAUUUAAGGAAAGACCACCAAAGCCCACAGUAUUCCGCAAGUUUUAUGAGCGAGGAGACCUCCCAAUUGCCCUUGAUCAUGAUACUAAAGGAAACAAAAUCGCCUGGAAGGUAGAGAUAGAAACCCUGGACUAUAAUUCCUAUCUGCCUAUUUUUUUUCAUGGCCUUUGUGAAAUGACAUUUCCACAUGAGUUUUUUGCUCGUCAAGGAAUUCAUGACAUGCUGGAACAUGGCGGAAACAAGAUUCUGCCUGUCAUUCCUCAGCUCAUUAUUCCAAUAAAAAAUGCACUGAACCUUCGUAACCGACAGAUCAUCUGCACCACACUGAAAGUCCUCCAGCACCUGGUGGCGUCAGCUGACAUGGUGGGGAGGGCCUUGGUGCCCUAUUAUCGGCAAAUCCUCCCAAUCCUAAGCAUCUUUAAGAAUAUGAAUGUUAAUUCAGGUGAUGGGAUAGAAUACAGCCAGCAGAAGCGUGAAAACAUUGGAGAUCUGAUUCAAGAGACACUGGAAGCCUUUGAACGCUGCGGUGGAGAAAACGCGUUUAUAAACAUUAAAUACAUGAUCCCUACUUACCAGUCGUGCAUAUUAAACUGAGCUGUAUCAAAUGGGAUAAUUCCAUUUGUGUUCUAAAAAAACUGUGUCUGACUCUCUAUGGCAUCUUGUUAGUCAUGCUUUUUUCUCUACAGCUGCUAAAAUAGUGGCUUCUGGGGCAUUAAAGUGUUAGCACUAUUGUGAACAAGUCUUUCCAAUAGAUAAAUAGUGCCUGUUCCUCUGAUUACAAUGGUGUACUGUGCUUGUUUGUUCCCUGAAAGAAUCGCUCCCUUAUAACAGAGCUGACUCGAGCAGGAAUCGGAGUUAAACCUUCACUUGUAUAGACAAUAAAACUAUAAUUUUCAUACGCGA